AGCAGCAGGCAUUGACUGCGCGCCGGAGGAGCUGUGGGAUGCUGCUGAACACACCCUGCUCAUUUUACAUCAACGUGAACCCACAAGCUGACAAACACCAGAACCAGCACCAAAUAUGAGGCGUAGUAGCGGCUGAUAACUCCGGGUUUUACCCAAAUGUUUCCGUGAUGGCAGCGUCGAAGAUGUCUGUGGCUGUGGUGGUGGUCCUCUCGGUGCUGCUCACGGGAGCAUCCCAUGCCGGGCCGGAGAUGGACCCCUACAAAGUAUUGGGUGUAACCAGGAGUGCCAGCCAGGCGGAGAUCAAGAAGGUCUAUAAGCGCCUCGCAAAAGAAUGGCAUCCGGACAAAAACAAAAAUGCAGGUGCUGAAGACAUGUUUAUCAAGAUUACCAAAUCGUAUGAGAUCCUUUCCAGCGAAGACAAGCGCGGCAACUAUGACCGUUACGGGCAGACGGAUGACACCCAACCGUACGGCGGCGCUCGCUACGGUCAUCGCCACGACAGCUUUUACUUUGACGAAUCCUUCUACAACUUCCCCUUCAACAGCAAGAACCACAGGGACUUUGGUGACAACAAGUACACGUUGCACUUCAACCAGUAUGUAAACGACGUGGUGCCUGACAGCUACAAGAGGCCGUACCUGAUAAAGAUCACCUCCGACUGGUGCUUCAGCUGCAUCCACAUCGAGCCUGUGUGGAAAGAGGUGGUGCAGGAGAUGGAGACUCUAGGUGUCGGGGUUGGCGUGGUGGAUGUCGGCCAUGAGAGGCGCUUGGCCAAUCACCUCGGGGCUCAUCGCACGCCGUCCAUACUAGGAGUCAUCAAUGGCAAGGUGACGUUUUUCCAUUACGCCGUAGCGAAGGAGCACCUGAGGCAGUUUGUGGAAGACCUUCUUCCUCAGAGACUCGUUGAAUGGGUCACCGACAAGAAUGACCUGCAGUUCCUGAGCAGCUGGCAUGAGCUGAACAAGCCACACGUGCUUCUGUUCGACCAAGUGCCUGUAGUUCCUCUGCUUUACAAACUGACAGCUUUUGUCUACAAGGACUACUUGCAGUUUGGCUAUGUGGACCAGGGCCUUUCAGAGACGGCAAAUCUGCAGAAAGAGUUCAACAUCAACACGUACGCUCCGACCAUGCUGGUCUUCAAGGAGAACAUUGACAAGCCCGCUGACAUUAUUCAGGCUAAAGGAAUGAAAAAGCAAAUUAUUGACGAGUUCAUGUCAAACAACAGAUUCCUCCUCGUGCCGCGGCUGGUCAAUCAGAAGCUCUUCGAUGAGCUCUGUCCCGUCAAACAGUUCCACAGACGCAGGAAAUACUGUGUGCUGCUGAUCACAGGUGACGAAGAGACCUUUUCUCUUGGGAACCAUGCGUUUCUCUCAUUUGCAUCUACCAAUGCCAAGGAAGUUGUGAGAUUUGCUUAUGUGUACCAACGGCUACAGCGACCUCUAUGUGACGUGUUUACACAGAGCAAGGACGGCGCAGAGUCAUCAGCACAGGUGGUGAUCCUGGAGAGGCGUAAUGCCGCGGGGAAGGCCCUGUUCAAGCCGGUAACCGGCUGGAACGGCAGCGAGGAGGACAAGCAGCGUCUCCUGGAGGAGCUGGAGCGACUGCAGAAGGACCCGUCCAUCCUCGUCCACGAUGCCGUGCUGCCCGAGCUCAACAACGAGUUUGCCUCUAUGUUCGCGAUCCGAUGGAUCUACGCGUCGUACGAUUACCUCUCCGAGGUCGUUGAUGAUAUUUUGCACAACAACUGGCGUGAGAUGAUGCCUCUCCUGUCCCUCAUAUUCUCGGCCCUGUUCAUCCUGUUUGGAACCGUGGUCAUCCAGGCCUUCAGUGACUCAAGUGAAGAUACGCAGACUAAACCAAAGGCAAAAGAUGGAUCAAAAGCAGAGAAUGGGUCGCCCGGGACUGGUAGUGCUUCAAGUCGGCCUCCUAAAAAGAGUUUUGUGGAGGUGACGGAGCUGACGGAUAUCACCUACAUGAGCAACCUGGUGAAACUGAGGCCGGGGCACAUGAACAUAGUGCUGGUGCUCACUGACGCCUCCAAGAACAUCCUCCUAAGCAAGUUUGCCAAAGAGGUCUACUCCUUCACAGGGAGCCUGACGCUGCAUUUCUCCUUCCUGAAUAUGGACAAGCACGGCGAGUGGAUGUUCACGCUGCUGGAAUACGCCCAGGACGCCACGCAGAUCGACGCCGACGAGGACGAGGACGGCGCCGGCAACCGCAAGAUGGACUACACGGGCUACGUGCUGGCGCUCAACGGCCACAAGAAGUACCUCUGUCUCUUCAGGCCCGUCUACACCGGGGAGGACCCCGACAGCAAGUCGUCUGAGGACGAAGGGGCCGGCCCGCGGGGGAGGUCCAGGUGCGGCUCCCGCGAAGACCACCCGCCGCGCAGAUCCAAGCGGUCCCGCAGCUUAUCCACCCUGCAGAUCCACCACAAGCUGGACCGCCUGGGGCUGUGGAUGGAGAGGCUCAUGGAAGGCACUCUGCACCGCUACUACAUCCCCACCUGGCCCGGACUGGACAAAAUCACCCCCCGGUAAAUAGACGGAGGCGAGUUUCGCCCGAGGUCACGGCUUGGAGCUGUCCUUUUUUGCACUCCAGAUAUUUCCUAGUUACAGAUGUCUGUGUGAUAAAUUAUCUACCGGGGGAAAGGUCCUUCAGCCAGGCCCUCUGGCACUCAUCGUUGCAUGCUACUUCCCGCUGUUGGUAGUCAUACUUCAUUUGGGCAAGGAAGGCUUUUGCUGCAGUCAGACACACCCUAAAGGAGGCGGGACAAUACGUUUGUCUUCACAUAUAAAUACUGUGAAUAGAGAUGCAUGUCUCUUAACACCAAAUGUCUCGCCUUUUUGGGCAUCUCAGCCAAAUCUAUUUUCAGCUGCUGAAGACGUUGGUCUAUUUAACAACCUCAGUUAGACGGUAGCUUUAUGUAGCAGACAUUGCAAUCCAACUGUCCCAUUUCAUUUUCUCAAUGUUUCUCAAGUCGACUGAUGCUUUGUCAUUGUGUCCUCUUAAAUUCAGUAGACAAUGAGAGUGAAGUCACACUAUAACUUAAUUCCAAAACAAAGAGUGUAAAAUGUAAUUUGUUGGUACAAUGUGAUGUAAAUAUUGAAUGCAAUCGUGUCAUCUACAGGACCUGUAUUUUAAAGAUUAUCUAACUUUAAAGAUAAGGUGAAUGUUUUACAUGGAUUUAUUAAAAUGAUGUAGCUUUGUUUUCAUUAACAUUUUCUUUAACAAGUAAGUGUUAAAAAAAGUUGGUCGUCAGUUGGUCUUCAUUGGUGCAUUUA